AAAAUGAGUUCCAUGCUGACCCAUGCCGUCAGAAACCUCCCUGCUUCCUCAGCAUGGGCUGCCAGGGUCUUUGCUCGAUCGCUCGGCUGCUCUUCACAGUUACAAGCCGCAGCAGUCCAGCCUAAGAGCAAGAAGACCUUAACCAAAAGCGGUGUGAAGAACAUCGUCGUGGUAGAGGGCGUCCGUAUUCCAUUUUUGCAGUCUGGCACCACGUACGCGGAUCUUAUGCCACAUGACUUAGCAAGAGCAGCGCUGCAGGGGUUGUUGAACCGGACCAGUGUCCCAAGGGAUGUUGUCGAUUACAUUGUGUAUGGCACGGUUAUCCAGGAGGUGAAAACCAGUAACGUCGCCAGGGAGGCUGCCUUGGGAGCGGGUUUCUCUGACAAAACUCCAGCCCAUACAGUCACCAUGGCUUGCAUUUCUUCAAACCAGGCGAUGACCACAGGCGUGGGGAUGAUCGCGGCGGGGCAGUGCGACGUCGUCGUAGCGGGGGGCGUGGAGUUGAUGUCAGACGUCCCCAUUCGACACAGUCGGAAGAUGAGGAAGACUAUGCUGACUCUUAACCGAGCCAAGACCUUGGGCCAAAAGCUCUCCCUGAUUUCCAAAAUUCGCCCUGACUACUUUGCUCCUGAGCUCCCAGCCGUGGCAGAGUUCUCCACCAGCGAGACCAUGGGACACUCUGCCGAUCGUUUGGCUGCUGCCUUUGCCGUUUCCCGUUUGGAGCAAGACGAGUACGCCCUCCGUUCGCACACGCUAGCCAAGAAAGCCCAGGAUGGAGGCUUGCUCCUCGAUGUGGUGCCCUUCAAAGUGCCAGGCAAAGAGACAGUUACCAAAGAUAACGGGAUCCGUCCUUCCUCGAUGGAGCAGAUGGGCAAGCUGAAGGCGGCGUUCGUCAAGCCGUACGGAACUGUCACAGCUGCCAACUCCUCCUUCCUGACAGACGGCGCCUCGGCAAUUCUGCUCAUGUCCGAGGAGAAGGCUCUGGCAAUGGGGUACAAACCGAAGGCCUACCUGAGGGACUUUGUGUAUGUGUCCCAGGAUCCAAAGGACCAGCUGCUGCUGGGCCCAACCUACGCUACUCCCAAAGUGCUAGAGAAGGCCGGUCUGACCAUGGCUGAUAUCGACGUGUUUGAGUUCCACGAAGCUUUUGCU